GCAUUACUUUGAGGACUCGGCUGGAUAUCCCGCAUUCGACUGACUCGUUCAAGUAUUCAACACUUGUACCUCAUCAUGAGCUCGCUCCUGGGAUUUCUAUGUGUGCUCUCAGCUUUCACAGCAACUGGUUAUUCCCUCACGUGUAAACUAUGCGUGGGCCAAGAUUCUUCGUCCUGCGUUGGUACAACAGAGACCUGCUCCCCUGACCAUGCGUGUGGUGCUGUCCGCACAGUAACCAAAAUCAAUGGAAAUGAAAUGAACUUGUAUUACAUCUCCUGCGUGGCUGUAAAGGAGUGUAACAGCCCUGGAAGUAUCAGCGUCCCCAUUGGAAAAAUACGCAGAGGAACCAGCUGUUGUUACACCAGCAACUGCGUCCCGCCUGCUCCUCAGUUACCGGCAGAUGACAAAGAAGCCAAUGGAUUGUUCUGUGGCGCAUGUGUGACAGAAACUUCAACCGACUGCUCUGCGGAGGGGAUAAUGGAAUGUACCGGAAAGGAAGACAUGUGCCUCUUCCAAACAACCCUUACCACAGGAUUACUCAACACCCAGGAGGCUCUUCGAGGGUGCGCCACCAAAUCCUAUUGCAAUAUUGCUAAGCAGUCUGUGAAAUCUGCCGAAAUGAAUGUUGAACUGACCUAUAGCUGUACACCGGGGGAGAACCAUACGGCCAUUACUCCAACCGGUCAAGACGAUCCCGGCAACUCCCACAGCGGUCAUUCUCCUUCAGCAACUCUUAUGAGUAUACUGUUGUUGUUUCUUCUUUGCAGUAAAUGGUAGGAAGUCCA